CGCAAGCCUUCAAACGUUAGUGUGACGUUGCAACCACGGACGCCACAAAUGCACGAGCCCAACAGCCACAAUGAUCGACGACCGAAGCGGCGCUGUUCAUUGGAGAGUAUCAUACUGGUACUGUCUACUUCGCUUGACCCAAUAGCAAACCACAUAGCUAGAAGAGUUGCCACAGUAGAGUAAAGAGAAGAAAGAUGGUGGGAAUUCGCAGCAGCAAACGCAACGGCAACAAGCUUUCGCUUCCGGACUUUGCCAAGUACAUUCCGUUGCGUUUGUCGGCAGAAGAGAGGGCCUUGCUGACCGUAAUGGAACAAACGCUGAAUGUAAGCGAGUACACGGACAAUGUGGAUGUGACAUCGGCUCGUCGAGGCAUCAAGACGCGGCGAAUUCUUGAUGGGAUUUUGGAGGUUUGCCACAUGGCCACGGGGUUGGCUGUGUCCAGCGGCAAAGAGCGCGGUCUCUUCAACAUGUGUGUAGUGGAGGACAACAAUGGAGGCAGCAAAUUGCCUUUAGCAGCACUUUCCUUUGGACGCAAGAAAAAAUCGAAAAAGGCCAAGAAAAAGAAGAAAACACGACGUGAAAAAGAGGCAGAAGAUGACGCUGGAAACAAUGACUCUUCGUGGGCGGCGCGAGAGCCACGAGACAAUGCUGUCUUGUUCCAAACCAUGUUCGAAAUCUGCCGUCGCAACAAAGUGCUCAACCCCAGCUCCAUGCGGACGACCUAUGGCAAGCUCAUGUAUCUCAUGCAGGACUCCCAAAACCCUACUGUCGCCAAGUCUCUGGGAUUCUCCCUGCACAAGGAUUUGGUCCUGGUGGGUCCUUAUUUGGAUGCGCGUGGAUGCUCAGAGUUGCUGCGAGAUGAUCGUUUGGAGGGUGCCACACAAUACAUUUCUUCCCGCAACCAUAAAACCGGAAAACAAAUAAGCCGUGAAGAAAUCGAAGAAAUGGUGGAAGAAAAGCGAGCUCUGGCCGAUGCUCUCGUCGAGGAAUACAAGAGCGACAAAAUCACCGCCGAAAACGUCCGUCGUUGCAUCGAAUCAAUUACCGAUGCCAUUUCCUACGUAGAAAGCAACGUAGCUCCAGUGCAAGCAAUGCUGAAGCAUUUGGAGGAUUAUUUUACCCCGGACGAGUUCGAGACUGGGUUCUCCCUCGAACUCAAUGGCCGACGAAGCAACUUCAGUUCUUAUUCGUCGGGUUAUUCACGCUACGGACUCUCUGCGUAUUCUUCCAGCCAAUCGGAAGGACCAAAGCUCAGUCAUAACCAUCAGACCCAAUACACCUUUGUGUGGCAGUCGCUCCAGCUUUGGUGCAAGGUCAUGCGUAACAUGCAUCGUCUUUGGGUCUGCGCCGAUGACGACUUGCUAUCUACCUCGAAUGCCUACCACCUUCACAAUACUGGCCAGGGGCUGAACCGAGUGCAAAGCUGCCCCAAGGUUCGAAAGGUCAUGUCAACACUCUUGCACAUGACGCAGCAAGAAGCUGGUCAGGCCUGGGUCGGGUUGUCGGUGAUUCAUCUCGGAGACCGUGAUGUUCCCAACGCUCUCAUUUUCAUCGACAAGUACACACAGAUCCCACGCUUUUUGAACCCUCUCGUGUCUUUCUUCCAGUCUGUGCCGGAAUUGUGCCAGGAUGAGAGAAUUGAUGCGUACAUCAAGAAACAGUUUGGUUCUCAUCGAAAACUCAUGAUGACUGUUCUCUGCGACUACUUCAAGCAUGGGUUUGACGGCAGCGGUGAUGAUGGUGGCUCUUGCAUCGAUGGACGAUUGACUUCUUCGUGGAACUGGACAUCGCGCGUAGCAAAAAAGCCGUACUACCAUGCGUUGAUGUUGUCGGGCUUUCAAGGAUUUGACGGAAACUUCAAAUGAGCAAAAUAUUACGAAUGAUUCAAUCGAAUCAAUCAAGCAAGCAAACGCCAGGAAUGAGGCAAGAAUGCAAAUAGUAAUCUGGCGGGUACCAACCGUACGUUUUCCCCCACGAGAUGUACAGAUGGAAGAAGCACAUAAAAUAGGAUACCGUUAGUUGCUGC